UUAUUUCCGGUGACGGCGGCGAGAGUUGAAACCGGAGAGAAGAAUUUGCAGGAAGCUUCGAGAGGGGAGGCUACAUUUCCUAAUUACCGCCCCGACGUACGAACCCAAAACCCAAAUUCGCUUUCCCCAAUCGAGCCACGGUUUUCUCCGCCGUCGGCUUCUUCUUCUCAGGUGCUUUCGACUGACACCAUGGCUGCGGCGCUCGCGGUGACGGACGAGGUGGCGCUACCGAUCCGGGCGGUGGGGGAUCUGGCGGCAGCCGCCGAGGUCUCGCGGGAAGAGGUGGCGGUCAUCACCCAGUGCGAGGCGCUUGGUGGCAAGUUGCCCUUUGAUGAUGCAUCAGUUGGUGCUGUUCUUGCGGUCAUUAAAAACGUGGAAAGCUUGAGGGACCAGUUGGUUGCUGAAAUUAGCCGCGUGCUGAAAGCUGGGGGGAAAGUACUGGUGCAGAACUUCGCGUCCUCCUCCAGUCAAAAUCCAAAUGCCAAUAUUGAGCGCAAGUUACUGAUGGGGGGAUUUGUUGAAGUGCAAGCUUCUGCUGCAAGCACGCAGGACAGUGUGCAAUCUGUUACUAUUAAGGCAAAGAAGGCCACCUGGAGCAUGGGUUCUUCUUUCCCCCUUAAGAAAGUAACAAAGGCCCUUCCUAAGAUUCAAAUUGAUGAUGACUCUGAACUGAUUGAUGAAGACAGUCUCUUGACCGAGGAGGAUUUGAAGAAACCACAACUUCCAGUUGUUGGGGAUUGUGAAGUGGGGGCAACAAGGAAGGCAUGCAAGAACUGUACUUGUGGCAGAGCUGAGGCUGAAGAGAAGGUGGAGAAGCUAGAGCUCACUGCAGAGCAGAUCAAUAACCCUCAGUCAGCUUGUGGCAGUUGUGGGUUGGGUGACGCGUUUCGAUGUGGUACCUGUCCAUACAGAGGCCUCCCACCGUUCAAGCCUGGCGAUAAGGUUUCCUUGUCUCUCAACUUCCUUGCCGCUGACAUAUGAUGGUAGCUGGUAGAGAACAGCAGCGCCAUUGGGAGAUAGAAAUUGCCUUAUUUGAUUUGUUCGUUCGUUAGGACGAUACGUUGUUCGUGAAGUAUGAGUGAUGUUUACCGCAGAA